AACGGUUAAAGGCGAACCCAGUUGCAGUCGGCGGCGGUGUGUCCAUCAUUCAGGCUGGCAGUGUGGCGAGUUUACGUGCUAGCAUAGGCGUGCAAAGGAUUUUGGCCGCGAACAAGAAGCUCUAUCUACAUCGAAAUGGCUGAUCAGCUUACAGAAGAGCAGAUUGCUGAGUUCAAGGAGGCGUUUUCACUUUUUGACAAGGAUGGAGAUGGCACAAUUACCACCAAAGAGUUGGGCACAGUCAUGCGCUCUCUUGGGCAGAACCCCACUGAGGCAGAGUUGCAGGACAUGAUCAAUGAAGUUGAUGCAGAUGGAAAUGGCACGAUAGAUUUCCCUGAAUUCUUGACCAUGAUGGCCAGAAAAAUGAAGGAUACAGACAGUGAAGAGGAGAUCAGAGAAGCGUUCCGUGUCUUUGAUAAGGAUGGUAACGGCUACAUCAGUGCUGCUGAGCUCCGUCACGUGAUGACAAACCUCGGGGAGAAGUUAACUGACGAAGAAGUGGACGAGAUGAUUAGAGAAGCGGACAUCGAUGGAGACGGACAGGUCAACUAUGAAGAGUUCGUACAAAUGAUGACGGCAAAGUGAAGGCCUUGUACAGAUUUCGUAUAUAAAUAAUUUGCCUUUUUUUCUUUGUGUAAUUUAUCUGUAAAAUCUUAUUAACCCCCAGCUUCCCCCCCUUUGCCCCUACUGCUGUCCAAAGGAACUGCAUGUAAACUGCAUAGGCUCUUGUCCCCAUGUCCCUUUCUUUUGCUGUCAUGGUGUUUGAGUGACAAACGGUCAUCUAACCAGAUGCCUGCGAGGCCCUUGGGAGCCGGAGGACCGACUCCUCUGUAUUGUGCUCGGGGCCUUUUUGGGCAAGGCGACAUUGGAAACCUGUCAGCUGGUUGUCACUUGGCAACACUGUUGGCAUGGAAACAAUGUAGAGGAGUUGAAACUCUGCAUGGACUAUGGACAAAGUAUAUAUGGGAAAUCUCUCAGCAUUGCACUACUGCAAAAAAAAUGACACGGGUGUAUCUCCUACGUACUCGUACAAACUUUUUGUAUCUGCUGUUCUAUAUACCAGACGAUUACUAAUCUUACCAUGCUUUUUAAAUGUUUUACUCACUCAUUUUCUUUUUUUCUUUUUUAAAAUGGCUUCUGGCCAUGCCUCAAAUAAUCCAUUCCAAGUUGUAUAUUUUUUGUUUUCCAAUAAAAUUUACAAUCUACCCAGAUUUGAAAAUUGGUCUUAUUUUCCUCAAUUUUGAUUUGAGGUAAUUAUUUUUUUGUAUUGAGCUGCAUGCCUUUGUUAAAUGGAGAAAUCCCCCUUCACUUAACUGUAAUUAUGAGCACUAUUUACAACUGUCAUGUACCAAAAGCACUGGGGAAUUCUACCCAGUGCCUCUUGUUAAAAAGUGAGGGGAAAUCUUCCUGUUUUAAAAAAGCAGGAUUAAAGGCUUUUACUCUGGAAGUGUGCACAACAGUACUUAACAUUUAAAUUGGGCAUGAGCUGUCACUGACCACAGGCUGUGUUGUCUGCUCAUGUUGGCAGAGCAUGUCAAAGCUAAAGGCCACAUGUCUUACUUAGCUCAGUCUCAAGGUGCUGGGGAUGGAGCAUAGAUCAGAAGCUAAUAAAGGUGUACUUUUUUUUUUUUUUUUUUUUUU